UCAAACGCCCCCUGCAGAAUUAAACCAACAAAUUUCUUAAACAAACAACAGUUCAAAUCGAGCGUUGGUUCGUCUCGCGUCAUAGCCGAAACAUGCAUACAAUAUAUGUGACAGUUUUAAUAGCGAUUGUAGCCCAUUUAGGAGAAUGUGUCAACUGCGAUUUGGACUCGAAUAACGUGGAAAUUAAAUUGAAGAAACAACUUCUGUGCGGAUCCUACAAUUCCCAUAUGCGUCCUGUGAAGGAUUUUAAAUUCGCUGUCAACGUUUCAAUUACACCCGUUUUAAUGAACUUUGACUUCAACGACAACGAAGGUACUCUUGACACCAACAUGUUGCUAAUUAUGGAAUGGACUGACGAAUUCCUAGUCUGGGACCCAAAAACUUUCAGUAAUAUAACCUCACUCGCAAUUAACACAGACGAGAUGUGGACCCCUGAUCUACAACUGUAUUCAUCCUACAGCAAACCCGACGCGAAGGUCAGUUGCACAAACCCGCGAUGUAUGGUGAAAUCCGAUGGGAAAGUUGUUUGUGUUCCGUCGUGUGAUUUCGACGCCCGUUGCAAGGCUGACUACUCUAACUGGCCGCUGGAUUCGCAACGAUGUCACAUGUACUACGGUGCCUGGAUGGAACCAUCAUCGGAGGUGGACUUUCAUUCGGGAAACAGCUGGCUCGGUUCAGCACAAACCAACGCCCACAUCCAGUGGCGGAUUGUUUCUGCCAAAGUAUCCCGGGAGGCGCUGAAAUCGGAGGAAAACAAAACCCACCCGAUGCUGAUCUACGACUACAUUAUCGAACGGCACUCUAGCUUCCAUCUGGCGGCACUUUUGACGCCCAUUAUUAUGUUGAUUGCACUGAACCUAUUUCUAACCUGGCUCAACACCGAUUCCACGGAACGAAAAUUGCUACUGGUAGUGUCCACGUUGUGUCAUUUCAAGUUCAUGGCAAUACUUCAAUGGGCCGUUCCGUCCAAUGGGGAAACUGUUCCCGGAUUAAUGAUUUUCUUCCGCAACUCCAUGAUUAUUACUUGUCUACUGAUAGUUCAUACAAUGGUAGGAGCAGCUUUAAAUCGAAUGGAUCGAGAACCGCCCAGCAUAGUUUUACUGUUAACAGGGACAGUAGUGAAAAAUAAAUUUGGCGAAUUAAUCUUGGCCAGUAACUACAUGAACGUUGAAUACAAGAGAACGGGAACGAUUCCAAGCAGUGCCUCGGGAACGACUGAAAACAGAACGGUCUGGUUAUCAUUCUGUAAAACAUUAGAUCGUUUGCUAUUUAUUACCUUCUUCAUGGCCUACGCGGUAUUCUUCUUUAUUUACGUUCCUGUGAAGUAUGCUAAGCUUGGUAAAUACGAACUUAGAAUCAUGGAAUUUGACGAUAAUAAUCAACUCGACUAAGUCGUUACAAUCGUUUG